AUGGUCCGGCAUGGAGAAACAAGAUUUAACAGGGAGAAAAUAAUUCAAGGACAAGGAAUAGAUGAGCCUCUUUCAGAAACUGGAUUUAAACAAGCAGCUGCUGCUGGUAUAUUUCUUAAUAACGUGAAGUUUACUCAUGUUUUCUCCAGUGACCUCAUGAGGACAAAGCAGACCGUGCAUGGGAUUUUGGAGAAGAGCAGAUUUUGCAAAGAUAUGACAGUAAAAUAUGACUCAAGACUGCGGGAGAGGAAAUACGGGGUUGCAGAAGGCAGGCCGCUGAGCGAGCUGAGGGCCAUGGCCCGUGCGGCUGGGGAGGAGUGCCCUGUGUUCACCCCGCCCGGUGGAGAGACCCUGGACCAGGUGAAAAUGCGUGGGAAAGACUUUUUUGAAUUUCUUUGUCAGCUGAUUCUGAAGGAGGCAGGUCAGAAUGAGCAGUGUUCCCAAGAAGCUCCCAGCAACCAUCUGGAAACUUCUUUGGCAGAGAGAUUUCCUUUCGGGAACAACUGUGCCCCCAGAUCCAAGUCCGAGCCCGGCGCGCCGGGAUUCGCGGCCAGCGUCUUGGUUGUGAGUCACGGCGGCUACUUGAAGAGCCUGCUGGGUUACUUCCUGACCGACCUGGAGUGUUCCUUCCCGGCCACUCUGAGCAGAUCGGAACUUUCCUCGGUCAGCCCCAACACAGGGAUCAGUGUCUUUAUUGUCAGCCUGGAGGAAGGACACGUUAAGCCGACAACCCAGUGUGUUUGUGUGAACCUCCAGGACCAUCUGACUGGGGUGACUGACACGCAGUAAAUUUAACUCCACACCCACAUCUAGAGACUGCGACCCUCGGAGGGAGUGCCUCGGACUCUGUCUCCAUCCUCUGCUCGUGCACUUGUGGAGACAGGCAAAAGGUGCCCACGGCGCAGGUUAUAAAGCUCGGGUGGUGUCAGAGCCGUGUGAAACCCUAAGGGAAGACCAUCCGGAAUUGCUGUCUUUCGUCUGAGUGCAUUUGGAAUUUUCCAGAGUAAUUUUACCAACCUGCUCGUUUAUGAAUCUGGAUUGUAAACAGGUGAAGGAACUCAGCAUUGCAAAUUGGGGGAUUAAUCACCCUGCUACUGUGUUGUUUUUGUUUUUCCUUUUUUCUACAUCAGUAUUUUUCUUUAAUGUCUGCAAAAUCUGGCCUAUUUUACUGGCUCUUGGCAAGAUACUGUAUUUUUUUUUAAUGGAGGUACUGGGGAUUGAACCCAGGACCUCAUGCAUGCUAAUAAGCACACGCUCUACCACUGAGCUCUAACCUCCUGCCGUGUUUUUUUUCCCUUACUAUCUCAUCCAGCUCUUGGAUGAGGGAACGGUCUGUAAUUCCCACUCCAUAUUUAUGUGAUACUGGUAUUUUAAAAGUCCCUUAAAUGAGAAAUGCUGGUCCUCAUAGCUUAUGUAGAAGCAGACGACACUAAACAUUUAAUCAGCUGCUGGGAUUGUUGGUGCUGGAGGUUGGAGACGUGGAUGAACGCGGAUUACGGUUGCAGGGUCAUCGCACGAGGGAGGAGUGUCAUCUGAUUCCGGAAUUCUAAAGGAGGACUCUCUGAGCAGAAGAUGAGGAAAGAGCAGAUCUUUCUUACCUGACCUGAAGGAUUUAGUCUGAAAAAGGCUCUAAAGGAAGCAAGCAGAUGCUGGCGGACCUUGCAGCAGCCCCAGGAUAAAGGAGGGGCUCCGUCGAGAAGAACUGAGCUCUGUCACCCACAACGGCGGCGUUUUUGUGAAAGAUGCAGAUGAGGGUGCCUCCUUUCCCCACCAGAUGGCGCUGGAGGGAAGGGAUUUGGUGAACUUAAUUGUGUGUGUAAGAUGGGUCGUUCUUAAUUCCUCAUCUGGAAGGAAAAGUGUUUCCCAUGCAGUUUGCUUUUACGUUAUCAUGUGGACGAAUGCUGGGCGUCAGCUUACAAGCAGGUAGCGCCGGAGCUGUCAGUUAAGGCUAAGACCAUGUGUUGUCACAAUUUACUUUGAACGUCACUUGAAUCACCUGUGCAGUUCAGUGUCGCCUGUCCUCGGUCUGUGCAGGGCCACCUGCCUUCCUGCUGGGAGUGGAAUAGGGGCAUGCAACUGAGCAGAGCAAGUUCGCUGUAGAUGAAAACUUGGGAAAAUGACCCCAAAAGACAAAUAAUACAUGUCCACGUUCCCACCAUUCAGAAGUGAUCAUUCCCUUCCCUACCCUGCCCUUUUUUUUUUUAAAGAAAGAACACACUGAGAUGUUUGUAAAGGCCCUUUAGCCAGCUGUCACAGCUCUGUCUCUGGUUCCUGCAGAGGUGACACCCCCGCGAGUCUGCACUCACCCAUCCUUUACGUCGUAAGGGAGCGGUAUUGUCUUGGUUUUAAAAAUGUCCGUAACUACACCCAGCCGCCUGUACUCUGUAUCUUCCCUUUUCCCCUGGGCUGCCGUGCUGACACGCACAGAACUGCUUGCUUGUAACCGCUGGAGUCUACUGAAUAAAUGUAGCACGUUUGGUUCGUUCUCCUGCUAGCGGGCGUUUCGGUA